AUGACGACGGUUCCGAUGGACAUCGUCAACGACUUAUUCCUCCGUCUACCGGCGAAGAGCCUCGUCCGAUUUCGAGCUCUCUCCAAGCUGUGCUGCCAUCUAAUCGACAGUCCUGAUUUCAUCUCAUCGCAUCUCGAUCGCGUCCUCCAAACCGGUGACCACCUCAUGAUCCUUCUGUGA